AUGGAUACCAAAGGACACCUUAUAAGCACAAUACUAAUUAGCCCAUAUCCUCAGAAAGUGAAACUUCGAGCAAAAAAGCACCACAAAAGCACACGAAGCAAAGCCUCCACAACAUUACACAACAAGUCGAGUGUGUUACACAACAAGUCGGGUGUGUUACACAACAAGUCGGGUGUGUUACACAACAAGUCGGAUGUGUUACACAACAAGUCGGGUGUGUUACACAACAAGUCGGGUGUGUUACACAACAAGUCGGGUGUGUUACACAACAAGUCGGGUGUGUUACACAACAAGUCGGGUGUGUUACACAACAAGUCGGGUGUGUUACACAACAAGUCGGGUGUGUUACACAACAAGUCGGGUGUGUUACACAACAAGUCGGGUGUGUUACACAACAAGUCGGGUGUGUUACACAACAAGUCGGUCGCCCGUCAAGCCCGUCAAGCUCUCGUUCUUUCUUUGAUCGCUCCUGUUACUCUGUCCACACCUAAUGUUAAAAUAGACGUGAUUUUAAUUUCAGCAUUACUGUACACAAAUGAAUCCUCCCAUUCUCCACUUGCCUUCAGAAAAGCUAUUGCAGAGAUAAAUGAAAAUUCUGAGAUAUUACCAGAGACUGUGAUUGAGGAGGUAUCAAUUAACAUUGGAUCAGAUAAAGAUAAUCCAGCCUCAGCUACCUACCAAAUGUGCAAGUUGUUGAGGGAGGAGGACAUGGUUGCUGUUGUGGGACCUUUUACCUCCGCACAAACCAAGUCAUGUUCCUACAUUGCUGGACAGGUCAGUCUGCCAAUCAUAUCACCCACUGCAACCGACCCUAACCUUAAUAACCCCCACUGGGCUGGGACCCUCGCCCGGCUCAGCCCUUCAAACGAGAAGCAAGCUGAAGCGAUGUUAGAUCUGCUGGAGCACUUUAACUGGAGGCGAAUAGCAGUUGUUUAUACUAGCGACCCUUACGGAGUGACGCUAGCAGAAGCAGUGAAAGAGCUUAUUAUAGAAAGAGGGUUAGAUCUGAUAACAGAGCUGGAGAUUGAUUACGAGGUGGCAGAGCUGGUGGAAGAGGGAACUAAGAGACAGUGGAUAGCUCAACUACAGAACAGUACAACAAGGAUAACUUUACUGCUCACUCAACCGGAUUACGGUGAGAUAAUCCUCAGUGCUGCUGAGGAAUACGGUAUGGUGGACAGUGUUUACGCUUGGAUUGCUUCUACCGCUAUUUCAGAAGCAAUGGUCAGAGUUAUAGAUAUUUUAAUAUAUCACCAGCUAUUUGCGUACAACGAGGCAGGAAGAAUGAAGUCCUACUACGAUGGGGUGGUGGGGCUGUCACCGUAUCUUGAUGUUACUGGAGGGUUCUACAGACGGCUAUCCUCUCUUUACAGGGACAACGGUUUUAACGUUCUCACGGUUAGUGCUGAAUUAUUUAAUUAUUUUAUUCCGAACGCGCUGGUAUACGACGGAGUGUACCUGAUAGCUAAUAGUCUACAUGAGGUGUACAAGGAGAACAGUGAGAUUAUACGGAACUUUGAGGGAGAGUGUUAUCAGGAGACUCCAAGAAGGGACUGGCAACUUGGAGUACAGAUGUUCAGAAUGUUCACUACGAAUUCCCGUCCUCAGUCGAAGUAUACAGGGAUAACGGGACACCGACAAAUGUGGCCCACUGGUCAGCCCGACCCUGACACUCUGCGUUACAACAUUGUCAACUUCAGAGGGGGCGACAACAACGUUACACGGGUAGGAGUGUGGGAGCCGAAGAACAGACCUAAAGUAACGCUAACAAGUGAGCCACUCUGGAAUAGUGGUGGAAGUGAGGUUCCUGCUGAUGACCCGGAGUUAGAGAGCUCCACUUUGAAACUGGGUAUUCUGGAGGAUAAACCCUUUAUCAUAUACAACUACACAGCGCAGGGGUAUGACAAUUGUGCAGAUAUGCCAAACAGAAAUUGGUGUUACACUGGAGUGAGUAUAGAAAUAAUAAAACGCCUCCAAAAGAGGCUGAAGUUUGAGUAUGAGUUCGUUGAGUCACCAGAUGGGAAGUUCGGAAGUGAAGUGAAUGGAGUAUGGAAUGGCCUGAUCAACCAGGUUUAUCAGCAGAACAUAGACAUAGGUGUGGUAGGGUUCGGCACAUCUCACGGUCGUGAGAGGGUAGUUGAUUUUGGGAUAUCUUUCCUUCCCGGAGGAGUAAGAAUGGCCACCCAGAAGGAUGCUGCAUCUAAAGAGUACUUCUUCUUUCUCAGACCGUUCUCCAGUGGUGUUUGGGCUGCGAUAUUGAUUGGGAUGAUAGUUUUCUUUCUUGCCAUCUACUUCCUGGACAGGUACAGCCCCUACGGGCAUGCUGGAGGGGUUAGGUUUAAAUGUAAACUGUGUAAAUGUGAGGAAUGUACCAAACUCAUGAAGAGAGGGGGGUUCAGAGACCAUCUUUGCCCGUUCAACGAAGACCAUGACCUCAAACAUCGAAUGGGGAUAAUGAGUCUGCCUAAUGCGUUCUGGUUAUCAGUGUGUUCCUUCCUGACAUACGCACCCGCAGACGGGGUUCCCAAAAACUGGUCCGGUCGUAUAGUUAUCAGUGUUUGGUGGGUCAUCUGCUUGGUUCUCGUUAGUAUGUACACUGCUAACUUGGCAGCCUUUCUUACAGUAUCCAGGAUGAGUGUUGAUAUAAACGGAGUGGAGGAUCUGCUGAGCCAGAAGGAGUACUUGUUCGGAACUGUGGAAGGGACUGUCACAGAAAACCUCCUCCGACAUAGUGAUAGCCCUCUGAUGCAAAGUGUCUUCAAGCGGACCAACCAAAGUGACUCGUUCACAGAUGCAGUGAGGCGAAUGCGAGAGAACAAAUACAUAUUCAUGUACGGUGCUGGACCACUAGAGUACACCUCAUCCACGGAGUUCUGUGAUAUCCAGCUUAUAGGAGAGGUGUUAGUGCAUUUUGGAUAUGCAUUCGCUUUCCAGAUAGAUUCUCCCUACUUGGAAUCAUUCAACAGGGAGAUGCUGGUAAUGCAGGAAAAGGGUGUCAUUAAGGAUCUGUGGAACUACUUUGUUGAAGGAUCAUGUGACGAAGACAGUGAGUUUGAUGCUGAGGCUGAUAGUUUGGAGGUUGUUUCCUUACUAGGUAUCUUAAUUAUCUCGAUCCCCUUGUUCAUUAUUGGACUAAUGGUAUUUGGUUUAGAACUUUACGCUUCCCCUAAGGGAAGAACUGGGAGAAAACUGGGAACCGGAGAUGUAGUCAAAGCCACUUUUGAUUUGAGUCCUGGUUUAGUCAAGGAAAUGCAAAUGGACGAGGAGUCUUUUGAUCUUACGACUACUCAGUCAAUACCUCCAGUUUCACUUGACACUCACGACGGUCAGUUCUGA